AUGUCGGGCAGGGGCAGAGGCAAAAAUGCUAUCUCGUUUGUACAAAACGACGAACCAGCAUUCAUCAGACAAUUUAAACAGAAGAUAGGUUACAAAGAAGGGCCAAGUAUUGAUACGAAGAGACAAACUGUGCCAGAUUUCGAUGAUGAUGAUGAUGACCGUCCAGAGGCAGAUGAUGAGAAACCUAUCGUCGUAGUAACACGCCCAGGUGACCUAACCGCAGAGCAGGCAGAGAUUGCAGAGAUCAAAUAUAACCAGGAAGAAGAAGAGAAAGCAAUCAGAGAUGGAAAGAUAACAUUUAAACGACCAGAAAAGCGCUCAACAAAAGAAUCUGACUUAUCAGAUUUAAAUCCAACAACAUCAAAAAAAAAGAAAGACUCCGAUAAAAAGAAAAGCUCUGGUGCUAAAAAAGUGAAAAAUUCCAAACUUUUAUCUUUUGGAGAAGACGAUGAGGAUGAUGAAACAUGAUGAUAAUACAUUUUUUUACCCUGAAACAUUAACAAACCUGUUCUCCAGGAUACUGGAGGGCUUCAUUAGCAACGAGACAUAACCCAUUGGACAGAUCUUCUAACCAAAGCCCCGCUGUGUGCAUGUUUUC